AUGACCCCCCUACUUCUGCUGUGUGUGUCUUUGAUGCCCCUCAUCUCGGCAACAAUAUCAUUUGAAGACCAUGAUGACGUGGAUGGCACAUUGCGUGUCAGCAUCCCUAUGGAGAUGCCUCUCCGUCCCCUGCUAGGCGGCAAAGUCGUGGUGCCAUGUUACUUUCAGGACAACACCGUCAACGAUCCUGGAGCCCCCACCAUCGCCCCACUCUCUCAUCGCAUCAAAUGGACCUACGUCACCAAGGAGAAAGUCAGUACAAUCCUGGUGGCAUCAGAGGGAAAAGUUCAUGUGGAGACAGAGUAUUUGGACAGAGUGACAAUGGUCAACUACCCAUUGGUGCCCACUGAUGCCACCAUGGAAAUUACAGAACUGAGGUCCAAAGAUUCUGGCACUUACCGGUGCGAAGUGAUGCAUGGCAUCGAGGACAACUACGACUCUGUGGAUAUCCAGGUUCAGGGUAUUGUGUUCCACUACCGUGCCAUCUCCACCCGUUACACCCUGACGUUUGAGAAGGCCAAGGCAGCCUGUAUCCAGAAUAGUGCCAACAUUGCUACUCCAGCCCAGCUCCAAGCUGCUUACGAUGAUGGAUAUCACCAGUGUGAUGCUGGAUGGCUUUCUGAUCAGACUGUCAGAUACCCCAUCCAUGAGCCACGGGAUCGAUGCUAUGGUGACAAGGAAAACUUCCCUGGUGUGAGAACUUAUGGCGUGAGAGACGUCAACGAGACCUAUGACGUAUAUUGCUUUGCAGAGAAGAUGUCAGGCAGAGUCUUCUACUCCACGUCUGUAGAGAAGUUCACUUUCUAUGAAGCAGGAGAUCAGUGUGCCAAACUAGGUGCCAGACUUGCCACUACCGGAGAGCUUUACCUUGCCUGGAAAGGUGGCAUGGAUGUGUGUAAUGCUGGCUGGCUGGGCGACAGGAGUGUUCGCUACCCCAUCAACAUUGCCAGGCCUCAGUGUGGAGGGGGGCUCCUGGGAGUGAGAACCGUCUACCUGUUCCCCAACCAGACAGGAUACCCCUACCCAGACUCUCGCUAUGACGCCAUCUGCUUUCAGGCUGGUGAGGAUGGAGGUGUGGUGCCUGUGAGGACCACCCCCUUCCCUGACAUCAUCAACAUGACACCUGCCCCUGGAUUGUUUCCAGGCAGCACCCCUACAGCUGGAAGCAAGGAGAUUAGGUUUGGUGGUGUGGACACUUUUUCUCCACGACCCAUCCCACCCAGUGUGACAGAUGCAGUGACCCCUGUGAUACGUGAGCCUGGACUGGGUCUCACAGAUAUAUACGCUUCCAUGGCUCCAACCGGUGUGGUGUUCCACUACCGACCCAUCACCGGUCGGUACACUCUGACCUUUUUAGAGGCUCAGCAGGCUUGCCAGAGUAUUGGGGCGGUCAUCGCCAGCCCUCCACAGCUGCAGGCAGCCUUUGAGAAAGGUCUACAUCAAUGUGAUGCUGGCUGGCUGCGUGACCAAUCUGUCCGGUAUCCAAUUGUGUCACCCAGAGAUAACUGUGCUGGUAAUCUGCCACACCUUCCAGGAGUCCGAUCCUACGGCCUGAGACCAGCCACUGAACGUUAUGAUGUGUUCUGUUAUGUAGAACGUCUCAGAGGUGAGGUCUUCUUCACCAGCGACUAUGACAGUUUCUCCUUCGAGGAGGCUGUGCAGCACUGUCAGAAACUCAACACCACCCUGGCUACUCCCGGGCAGCUGUAUGCUGCCUGGAAUCAAGGACUUGACAAGUGCCGCCCAGGCUGGCUGAUGGACCGCAGCGUCCGCUACCCCAUCACAUCCUCCAGGUCUCACUGUGGCGGCGGCCAGGUGGGGGUCCACAUCAUCUACGCCUACCCCAACCAGACUGGCUUCCCCGAUGAGCACUCACGCUACGAUGCCUACUGUUUCAAAGCUGAAUAUCCUGUUGUUCAUGUCGAAAAUGAAACCAGUAUAGAUCUGACGAUAGUGACGGUGGAUGUUAUCAACAAGACAACAAUCACAAUUGAUCACUUUGCUCCCACUGUUGACACUACUGUAGACUAUAACGAAACUGAAACCCAUAUAACUAUUACUGAAACUGAGUUUAUCAACAAGACAACCGUCACAACUCAACAUGUUGCUCCUACUGUGAGACCUGUUUUACCUCCACCCUCAGUUGAUGUGUCAGGCUCUGGUUCAGCCGAUCAUUCUGCCAGCGGUGAGCUCUCUGGGGAGUCUGGCACCUCCAGCACUGGUGGUGAAGCAUCUGGAUCAGGGGAGGAAGUCAUCUUCAGUGGACAAACUGAUGUCUUCUCUGGAGAUCAGUCAGCCUCUGGAGGACCACAGGAGGCCGAAGGAGGAAGUUCUGUCAUCUUCACAUCGGGAGAAGUGGGUAGUACAUCUGGAUCUGGAUCUGGUGAAGGGUUUGACAGACAACACUCUGGCUUCAGUGUAUCGGGAUCGGGUUUUACCAGCGGAAGUGGAGACAUCAGUGGAGACUCGAUGAUCAUCAUGGUCGAUGGAAAGAUGGUGGAGGUGUCAAAAACCCACCAAACAUCAGUUGAGCAGGAGCUAGGCCAGGGUGGCAUCGAUACCAGUGGGGGCUUCUUGGAAUCAAGUGUGUCUGGAUCUGGAGGUAUGUCUGGCUCAGGCACCAGUGGGUUUUCUGGCAUUUCAUUUGUCGACCACAGUGCUAUCGACCUAACAGUCCAGCCAUCCGGCGAGCAAGAGGUGUCUGGAUAUCACCCCUUUGGAUCAGGAUUCCGCAGUGGCCUCCCAAGUGGGUUUCCAUCCGGUUUUUCAGGCAGUGGCUCUGCUUCCGGAGAUUCUUUCCAACGUCGAGGUGAUGUCAUCUACUUAACAGAUGAUGAGAUGAUAGAGGUGACCGUAUCACCACUGGAACACCAUCUUGAGCAGGGUCGGGGUGUGGUAGAGGUGAGCGGGGAAGGAAGUGGGUCAGGGAUCCACCGUGAAUUCAGUGGCAGCUUGCAUCUCUCAGGAAGUGGAGCUCCUAAUGAAAGACCAACUGCUGAGGGACUCUCUAUCGCCCUGCCACCUGGUUCUACGAUGACUUACACAGAGCACGUUGCCUCUAUUGGCCAAUCUGGACUUGGGGAGAUUGGUCUGGAAGGGCCCACUGGACUUACAGUAGUGACUCCAGAUGCAGCCUACACCAGCCCAACCACAGCACCAUCAGUGUCAUUAGCAACUCCUGCUGUUGUGGAGCAGCCUGAUGUAGUGGAAGCUGUGCAGGGCUGUGCUGAGGGCUGGUUGGAGUUUAUGGGCAACUGUUACCUUCACUUUGCGGAAAGAGACACCUGGUCUGAAGCAGAGCAACGCUGUCGGGAGCUCAACGCCCACCUGGUCAGCAUAGGCUCCCAGGAGGAGCAGCAGUUCGUCAACUCCAACGGUCAGGACUACCAGUGGAUUGGACUCAAUGACAAAGAUGUGCAGAAUGAGUUCCGCUGGACAGAUGGCAGUCCUCUGACUUUUGAGAAUUGGAGGCCUAACCAGCCAGAUAACUACUUCAACUCUGGGGAGGAUUGUGUGGUGAUGAUCUGGCACGAGGGCGGACAGUGGAAUGACGUGCCCUGCAACUAUCACCUUCCCUUCACCUGCAAGACUGGACCUGUGAUGUGCGGAGCUCCGCCCGAGGUGGAGCAUGGCCGGCCGAUGGGCAGCAGCAGAGAGCACUACCCUGUCAACUCCAUAGUCCGCUACCAGUGUGAUGCAGGCUUUACACAGCGCCACCUGCCUGUCAUACGCUGUUUGACAAGUGGACAUUGGGAAGAGCCACAAGUGGAAUGUACAGAAGUUGGCGCCAACAGUAACAGGCUACACAAAAGGUCCCUCAGGAGAAGAAGUAGAGGGGUCAGCAGCCGACAGGAACAGAGGAAACUCCUCUGA